GUAGCCAUUCCCCGUGUUUCGAUUAACACUCGUCCAAGUGCCUGGGGACCAGAUGGAGAGGUUUUCAGACCCUCUCGAUGGCUGGAUGCUGAUGGUCCUACCUUACCGCAGGUAUCCGUGGAUGGAUGGAACAACUUCGAUGCAUUCGGGGAGGGAUCGCGUUUUUGCAUUGGUUAUCGCUUGGCAAUCUUCGAAAUGAAGGCCAUUAUGGCGGCAUUGGUUAGGGCAUUCAAGUUUGAGGAAGUGCAAGGGAUCAAGAUCAAGAAGAGAAAUUUGUUGACUCUACAACCACUCGUG